AUGUUCGCAACUUCGAGAGCGCAGCUCUUGUACCUGAGCGCCCUCGGCGUAUGGGGCCUCUGGGGUUACGCCUUCUUCAACGGCAUGUUCGCGCGUCUGGACACGGCGACCCGCACUCUCCGGCUCCCGGACGGUCGCCCCCUGCGCUCGUCGUACACGGGCCUGGCCGCCGUGGACGCCCAGCUCACCCUCCUCUCGGCGUUCUACGACGUCCUCACGAACUCCCUCACGUCCGGGCCGCGCCUGCUCUUCUUCGACAUAAACUACGCCGUGGCGUGCUCGAACCUCUGGGUCCUCGUCGAGUCCCGCCGCCGAGGCGUCCGCUCCUGGUUCCUGAAGUACCCGGCCUGGGCGAUGGUGCUCUGCAACGUCAACGGCGCCGCCAUCGUCCUGCCGCUGUACCUGUACCUCGUCUGCCGCAGCAAGGCCCGUCUGCGCGACGCCGCGAUCCCGGGGCACCAGGCUGCGGCACUGCCCGCGACGACGCUGGCGAUUCUCCUCCAGCCGCUGCUCGUUUUCGCCCCGGCGUGGACGGGGCGCAGCGGAACCGGUCUGCACCACGGAUGCAUCGCCCUCUUCCAGGCGGCUCCGGCAGCCGUCUCGGCCUUCCAUCUCGGCCUGUCGUCGGUUCUGUCUCGGACGAGCCGAGGCACGUCGCGGUCGUCGAAGAGAUGGGUCGUCGCAUCUCUCAUACUCGCCGGCACCGUCGCAUCGGCCGUCCACUUCUACACUGUGGCCGGCGCUCUGCUUUCUCGAGAUGGGGAUUCGUCGCUGACCAGACUGUUCAUCCCCAAGACCGGCUUCGCCGACCCCGUACACUCUCUGUCGCAGACGAACGGUCUGCCCGCCGAGUAUACGGCGCUGUUGGAGAAUUUCCACUUGUUCUCGCAAUGGGACUGGAUCGUAGUCAGCCUCACGAGCAUAGUGUUUGCGCACUUGCUUCUGUCACGUCGGGAUGGGGCUGACGGAGGGAAGCCGGGGAAGGCCAACACGCCGACCGAGGUUCAGGAGCUGAUCUACCUCACCGCGGCUACGGUGUUCCUAGGUCCCGGGGCCGCUGGAUCGUUUGCACUAGCGAUACGCGAGGCUAGGCUCCCAUAG